AUGGAAGUUGUUGCAAAGUUGAGAUCUUUCCCAGAAUACCAUCUCGCCUACUUGAACUUGACAGAUAAUAGAAAUAAAGAAGAGAAAAUCUCGCUUUCAACAGGAUCUGCUUUUGGCCAAGAUUAUGAUAAUUUUAUUCCAGCUCAGCCGGAGAGUUUGAGGGAUCCACUGAAAGAUAUUCAGAAUCAGGGUAAGACAUAUUCAAAGAUUUACCAAGAUUUUCAUGAAAUGACCGACGAAUUUUAUAAAAAUUUCGAAACUUUUAAUGCAUUAUUUGCCGAGAAAAAGAAGAAGCAACAAGAUUUAGAAAGUGCAGAAAAUGCAGCAACGAAGGCUGAAGCUAAAGCAGAGGCCAAACCAAAUCCGAUUAUGGCGAAAUUUGUUGGAGAUCCGGCCGAAAAUGAAAGAAAGCUUAGAGAAGAAGCUGCAUCACUUCGUGAGCAAGCUACAAAACAAAAAGAAGAAUUUUCUCAGUAUAAUUCAAAUUAUGUUCCACAAUUUACAGAUACAUUUGUCUCAAUGAUGGAUAGUUACUUUGAAUCACGUUGUAACCAACUCCAUCAGCUUGUUGAUGUAGCAAAUAACCUUACAAAAGCUGCAAAUAAAAUAGAUAACUUUGAAGAUCCAUUCUUAGAUAAAUUUGAGCGCACAUUAGAACGUCUCAAUGCUUCAAGUGCAAAGCAGUAG